CCUUCUUCCAUUUACUCGUGUGUGUGUGUUUGUGUGUGUGUGUAUGUGUGUGGGACUGGGGGGCUGACCUGACCAGCAGCAAUCUCAGAGACGGAAAAGAAAAACACAAUGUGAGGAUAAAGGGAGCACUUAGAAAAACCCAGUCGACCAGGACGGCUCGGCGUUGGACCGUCCGCCUCAGCAGCUCACGGACACGGGUGACUCUAGGCUGAGGCUUCGGAGCCUCAACCGCAGACUCGCUCCCAGGGAGCGGAUGGACAGGAGCAGAGACCCCGAACAGUCCCGUGGAAGGUAGCAGACGGAGUUACCAUGCCGACCGAUGACAGCGCGGGCCGUUUUCCCGCCUUCACGCCCCCGCCCAACGGCCGCCACCAGCGGUCGCCGGGCUACGUUCCGGGCCGGGUGGCGCCCAUUCGCUCCCCCCCUCCAACCAAGGCCCCCCCGCCGCCGCCGCCGCCACCCUCCAAGCCCCGCGGCCCCCCCCCGGAGCGACACACAGCGACCUUUAACCUCUCGGAGGACCGCCGCCGCCGCGAGCACGCCCUGAACCUCCUGCGGCGGAGGAACACCUUCAUCUGCUUCGGCGUGUCCUUCGGCAUGCUCUUCCUCACGCUCAUCCUCGUCCUCAGCCUGACGGACGGCGAGGUGCUGGACGAGAACUGUCCCGACCACAGCCCGUCGCUGAGCAGUUGGAAGCCCGGCCACCAACCAGAGAAGGCCUUUGUCGUCAGAAGUGGAAGCCGGCUGCGAUUGGAAGAAUCCGCCACUUUCCAUUCCAUAACCAUCCAAUCAGGGGGUGCGCUGGUGUUCGCGGACGACGCCGCGGGCUCCCGGAACAUCACCCUGCGGACGCGCCACAUCCUGAUCCAGGACGGCGGGGCGCUGCACGUCGGCGCGCCCAAGUGCCCGUACCGGUCCCGGGCGGCGGUGGCCCUCCUGGGCCGCUCCGACGACCCCGCCUCCGUCGCCGGGGCCGAGGUGCCCGCCAUGGGCCGCAAGUUCAUCGGCGUGGCGGCCGGCGGCACGCUGGAGCUCCACGGGCAGCGGCGGGUGUCGUGGUCGCUGCUGACCCGCGGCGUGCCGGCCUCGGGCCUGGCCACCGGCGGCUACUCCUUCCAGCGCAACUUCAGCCGCGGGAUCAACCUGCGCGUGGUGGACCAGGACACGGCGGCCGUGCUGCUGCUGGAGCGCUUCGACACGCACGACUCGCGCAACGACAGCCUGCGGCUCUCGGAGCUGCUGCGCGCGCUGCCGGCGGGCCGCGUGGUGGCGCUGGCCGUGGGCGACUCGGCCGCCAAGAGCCUGCUGGACGACACCAAGAGGGCGGUGGGGGAGCGGCUGGGGAGCCGCCACGUCUACGACCUCAAGUACAGGCAGGCGUGGGCCCUGGUGUCGGUGGUGGGGGGCGGGAACGCGUCGUGCUCGGAGGAAGCGCGCGAACACGAGAACCACAACACGGGGGGCAAGGCCCUGGCCCGCCGCAACUUCACCACCACGGAGGGCGUGGCCUUCUCCGUCACGGCCUUCAGCGAGUGGAGCAACGGUUUCCCAAUCUCGGGCUUUCAGGUGGAUGCCGUGGACCAGGUGGUGCUGAACCUGCAGGACGAGGUGCGGCAGACCUGGCAACCGGGCGACCAGAUCGUGGUUGCCAGCACGGACUACUCCAUGCACCAGGCGGAGGAGUUCACGCUGCUGCCCUGCGCCCACUGCUCCAGCAGGCAGGUCCUGAUCCAGGGGAGGCCCCAGUACACCCACAUGGGGGAGAUCGUGGACGGGGUGGACAUGCGUGCCGAGGUGGGUCUGCUCUCCAGGAACAUUCUCAUUUACGGGGAGAUGGAAAACUCCUGCUACGGAAACAACUGGUGCCAGUUCUACAGCCACGACACCUAUGGAGGCCACAUCAAGAUCCUGGCGAACUUCACGUCGGUGCACCUGUCCCACGUGGAGCUGAGGCACAUGGGCCAGCAGGCGGUGAGGGGCAGCUACCCGCUGCACUUCCACCUGUGUGGCGACGUGGACCAGCGGGGGGGCUACCGGCAGCCCACCGCCGUGGACGGCCUCUCCAUCCACCACUCCUUCUCCCGCUGCGUCAGCAUCCACGCCACCAACGGCCUGCUGGUCAGGGACACGGUGGGCUACGACACGCUGGGCCACUGCUUCUUCCUGGAGGACGGCAUCGAGCAGCGCAACACGCUGUUCCACAACCUGGGGCUGCUGACGCGGCCUGGCACCCUGCUGCCCACCGACCGCAACGACACCCUCUGCACCGCCCUCAGGGACCGGGUGCACCCGGGGUACACGCCCUCGCCCAGCACAGAGUGCAAGGCAGUCUCAACCUUCUGGAUCGCCAACCCGAACAACAACCUGAUCAGCAACGCGGCCGCUGGUUCUCAGGUAACUUCCCGUUCUUCAGAUCGUCCUUUCCGUCAGGUUGAGUAUCACCGUUUACCCUCCUGGGAGAACGUGGAACCGACCGCGCGACGCCGGCAUUGGUUCGUGUUCCACAGCGCCUCCACGGGGGACUAGGGCCUGGUGCCCGAGACCAAGGCCGAGCUCACCCCCCUGGGCAUCUUCUACAACAACCGGGUCCACUCCAACUUCAAGGCUGGGCUGUUCAUUGAUAAAGGUGUGAAGACGACCAACGCCACGGCGAAGGACCCCAGGGAGUACCUCUGUCUAGACAACAGUGCCAGAUUCCGGCCGCACCAGCACGCCGACCCCAGCCGUCCGCGCGUGGCGGCGGUCAUCGACACGCUCAUCUCCUUCAAGAACAACGACCUGGGGGCCUGGAUCCGGGGAGGGGACAUCAUCAUCAGGAACUCUGGGUUUGCAGACAACGGAGUGGGCCUGUCCUUUGCCAGCGAUGGCAGUUACCCUAAGGAUGAGGGCUCCAGCCAGGAGGUGAGCCAGUCCCUGUUUGUGGGCGAGAGCCAGAACCGGGGAACCAACGGGGGGCAGAACAAGUACUGGGGCCUGGGCGGCUCCGAUGGGAAGAUGAGGACACUGCCCAGAAACAGGACGUUCCCGAUCCGCGGCUUCCAGAUCUACGACGGGCCGGUGCGUCUGACCAGCAGCACGUUCCGCGGCUUCGCGCCCACGGCCGAGCGGCUCACCAGCGCCGUGGGCUUCAGCCUGAAGAACACCUGGCAGCUCACGCCGCGCAACAACCUGUCCCGCCUCCACUUCCACCCCAGCGUGGGUCUGCGGGCGUUCUUCGGCCGGCCCGGCCAGUGGUUCGAGGAGAACGACCUGGACGGCGACAAGAACUCCAUCUUCCACGACGUGGACGGCUCGGUGACGGGCCGCGCCGGCGUGUUCGUGGGCCGCGCCGACAACUUCCUGAUCCAGCACCCCGCCUGCGCCAACCUGUCCCGCUGGAACGCCGUGGCCUGCAGCGGCCGCUACGCCCAGGUGUACAUCCAGACGCAAGGCCCCAGCCUGACGCUGUCCAUCAUCAGGGACGAAUACCCGCAGGCGCUGCUGCUGCGGGGCACCAACAGCCAGGGGGCGCUGUCGCAGCAGUACCAGCCCGUCCUCAUGAUGAGCAAGAGCUACACGCUGCACUGGAGCGGCCUGGCGCCCCGCGACGUGGUGCUAUCACUCAUCAACUACGACAGAGGGGACUGGACCCUGGUGGGGAUCUGUUACCCCUCUGACACCACCUUCCAGGUCAUGGCCGACACCAACGAUCGCCAGGGCAACAGCUUCGACGACAUCAGCGACUACGGCACGGUGGGCUCGCUGGCUGAGCUGGCGAGGGCGCCGCUGGACAGGAAGUACUUCUUCGACCGCGGCGUGGGGCUGCUGUGGCUGUACCUGCGUGCGCGUCACGGCCGCGAGGGCCACAGCUACUGCUCGUCGCGCGGCUGCGAGCGGGUCCGGGUGGUGGCCACCACCGCCUCCACGCAGACCUGCGACUGCACUGCCAAGGCCUACCCCAAGUACACCAAGACCCCUCCCAGCCUGCCCAUGCCCCCCCUCUCCGACGCUCCCUGCAAGGACUGCGGGGCCAAGCAGCUGGUGUUCUCCAGCGAGCCCUGGACCUCCUACCUGCACACCCAGAUCAAGUCCCUGAGCACCAAGGAGCUGCAGAGUGGGGACAACAGCUCCUUCAUCACCGUGAACGAGGUCGUCUCGCCCUUCUCCAAGCCCGGCUUCUACAUGCUCUGUGUGGACGCCUGCUCAGGGAAAGCUCAAAAAGAACUUUUUGCCGCCGUGGACGCAAACAUGAAACAGUUUCUGAAAACAGUGAUACCAAAGAGGUCCAUCGUUCUCCUGGCAACCCGAGGGGAGCCGGUGGGAUUCGCUGACGUUUCGUCUCAUCGUCCCCUGGGGUUGGCCAAGACGGCCCACCUGCUGGGGAAAGAAGCGUUGGCGUUCUGGGGGUUCCAGGGUCCAGCGGGUUCCCCGGGCCCCCCCCCUCCCUGGGUGUCCCUCCAGACCGGCCAGGAGGAGGUCCUGGGCCCCAGGGAGCGCUACCUGCCCCUGGGCCUGGAGGUCUACGGCUGCCCCCCCGACAAGACCCGGACCCGCAAGGACCUGGAGCUGCUGAGCACGGCCACAGAGCUGCACUGAGCGGCGGGACCCCCAAAGAGACACACACACACACACUGACACAUGUACACACACACAC